GUGCAUAAUCUUUGGGACCAGCGUGUGGCAAUUAAUAAAUCAAAAGUGCAUCAUCAUCGAUGGCCUGCAUAUGGCGAAGAAUAUUUGGCACGAUGCAACGAACACGGUUUCUGGGAAAUACCAGUUGGAAUUCAACCUUAUGAAGAUGUUAAAGUUGCUGUCGAAAAACUGUACUGUACACUGUAAGCAUGCCGUUACCGACUUCCCGUUCCCGUGA